AUGGAGUACGACUCCACAGACCAGUGCAGACAGCUCAGGGAAGGUGUGAGUGCCCUACCACCCUGCCGGUUGUCUCCUCAGAGGCCCCACCAUGUGAGGGAAGCAGGUCCCCUGGACACUAUUCCUGGCCAGAAGAAGGGUUCUGGGGCCCUGGAGGCCCUACCACCCUGCCGGUCGUCUCCUCGGAGGCAUCACCCCAUGAGGGAAACAGGUCCCCUGGACACCACUGCUGGUCAGAAGGGCUCUGGGGCCCUGGAGGCCCUGAAGUCCAUGGAGCCUAAAGUGUCCCCAGAGGAAGAGGAGGAGCAGCCAGCAGCCACGGGGGAGCCAGAGCAGGGAGCUGGUUCCAUCCGGGGCCUCGUCCAUCUCAUUAGUGAUGAUGGGGUCCACUCUGCAGCCCGUCUAAUCCGAGGCAGGAUAGUGGCCUCCACAGCCGAGGUUGUGGCUGAGGCUUCUGGGGAGGCCCCAGCCGAGGAGGAAGGAGAGUCAGAGGCAGCGUCGCCUGGCUCCCAGGCGGGCCUCGAGGUCAGGGAGGGCCUUGUGGAGGAUAAGCGAUUCCUGUGUGUAGCCUGUGGCAAACACUUCAAGCGGGCGUGGGAGCUGUUCAGCCAUGAGGUUGUCCAUACCUCAGCUCAGCCCUUCCGCUGUGCCCUGUGUGAUGCCGCCUUCAAGCGUCAUUCUGAUUUCAAGAGUCAUGGGCUGGUCCACAGUGAGGGGCGGCCCCACACCUGUGAGGCCUGUGGCAAGGGCUUUAAGAGAGCCAGCAACCUGCAGCCCUCCCCUACUCACUUCUGUGUUACAGUCUCAGAGGAUGACAAGGCCCUUCAGGCCAAAAGAAGCCGGUCCAGUGGUAACAGUAUCCGUGAUGGCUCUGAAGAGCCCAGCGGGGCGGAGCGCAUCUGCUUUUGUGUUUUCUUAGCCGCCCCUCUCCCCCUCCUGGAGUGGGCGGGGCGGGCAGCUCCGCCCUCCCCUCCUCCAGGAACACCGCCGCAUCCACACCUUCCCCUGCCCGGCCUGCCCGAAGCGCUUCAAGUCGCCCUACCAGCUGCAGCGGCACUCCUCGCAGCACGCCUCGCGUACAGCCACAGCUUGAGCGUGCACGAGCGCGUGCACACCCGGGCGUGGCCCUUCGCCUGCCCGCUGUGCGCCAAGGCCUUCAAGCAGUCCAACGCGCUGACCUCGCACCGCCGCGUGCACUCGGGCGAGCGCCCGUACCCGUGUGCCACGUGCGGCAAGGCCUUCAAGCAGUCGAACUACCUGGCGGUGCACCAGCGCUCGCACAGCGGCGAGCGGCCCUAUGCCUGCCCCACGUGCGGCAAGGCCCUUGCCCGGCCCUCGCUGCUCGUGCAGCACCGGCGUGUGCACAGCCCUGCCCGCCCCAUCGCCUGCCGCUGCUGGACUUCAAGGACUUGGCCUAUCUCGCUGUGCACGAGAAGGUGCACACGGGAGACGCGCCCUGCAAGUGCCUCGUCUGCGGCAAGGCCUUCACCCACCCCAGCAACCUGCUGCAGCACGGGAAGGUGCACAGUGACGGCUGAGGCCUGCGGAGGGGGUGACAAGGAGAAGAGGAGGGAACGGGCCCCUGCCCCUUGA